AUGGCAAGCCCCGGCUCCGGCUUCUGGCCCUUCGGAGCCGAGGAGGGCUCCGCAGCCGCCGAGGCUCCCGGCACAGCCAGAGCUUGGUGUCAGGUUGCGCAGAAGUUCACGGGAGGGAUCGGAAACAAACUCUGCGCCCUGCUCUACGGUGAUGCCGAGAAGCCCGUGGAAACCGGCGCCAGGGCAGCAGCCCCGGGGGUAGCGGAGCCAAGGCCGACCUGCACCUGCGACAAAAAACCCUGCGGUUGCCAAAAAGCGGACGUGAAUUACGCCUUUCUGCACUCAACAGAUCUUCUGCCAACAUGCAAUGGAGAAAUAACUACUAUGUCUUUCUUACAAGACGUUGUGGACAUUUUACUUCAGUAUGUGGUGAAAAGUUUCGAUAGAUCAACAAAAGUUAUUGAUUUCCAUUACCCAAAUGAGCUGCUCCAGGAAUAUAACUGGGAGCUGGCAGACCAGCCACAGACCUUGGAAGAAAUUUUAUUGAACUGCAGAACAACUCUGAAGUAUGCAAUUAAAACAGGGCACCCUAGAUAUUUUAAUCAACUUUCAACUGGAUUGGACAUGGUUGGAUUGGCGGCAGACUGGCUAACAUCAGCAGCAAAUACUAAUAUGUUCACCUAUGAAAUUGCUCCAGUGUUUGUACUUUUGGAAUAUGUCACACUAAGGAAAAUGAGAGAGAUGGUUGGCUGGCCAGGGGGCUGUGGCGAUGGGAUAUUUUCACCUGGUGGUGCCAUAUCUAACAUGUAUGCUAUGUUGAUUGCACGUUUCAAGAUGUUCCCAGAAGUUAAAGAAAAAGGAAUGGCAGCUAUUCCCAGACUGGUUGCCUUCACAUCAGAACAUAGUCACUUUUCUGUGAAGAAAGGAGCUGCGGCUUUGGGUAUUGGUACAGAUAGUGUGAUUUUGAUUAGAUGUGAUGAAAGAGGGAAAAUGAUCCCAUCAGACCUUGAAAGAAGAAUUGUUGAAGCCAAACAGAAAGGAUUUGUUCCUUUUCUGGUGAGUGCCACAGCUGGGACAACAGUGUAUGGGGCGUUUGAUCCUCUCAUAGCUAUUGCAGACAUCUGCAAGAAGUACAAAAUCUGGAUGCACGUGGAUGGAGCAUGGGGUGGUGGGCUCCUGAUGUCGAGGAAACACAAAUGGAAGUUAAAUGGCAUCGAAAGAGCUAACUCAGUAACCUGGAACCCUCACAAGAUGAUGGGCGUCCCACUGCAGUGUUCAGCCCUGCUAGUAAGAGAAGAGGGAUUGAUGCAGAGUUGCAAUCAAAUGCAUGCUUCCUACCUCUUUCAACAAGACAAGCACUACGACCUGUCUUACGACACAGGAGACAAGGCUUUGCAGUGUGGACGGCAUGUUGAUGUCUUCAAGCUAUGGCUGAUGUGGAGGGCAAAGGGAACCACAGGAUUUGAAGCACAAAUUGAUAAGUGCUUGGAACUUGCUGAAUACCUAUACAAUAAAAUAAAGAACAGAGAAGGGUAUGAAAUGGUAUUUGAUGGAAAGCCUCAGCACACAAAUGUCUGCUUCUGGUACAUACCUCCCAGCUUGCGUGGAAUGGAGGACAGCGAAGAGAGAACGAGCCGCCUGAUGAAGGUGGCACCAGUGAUAAAAGCCAGGAUGAUGGAGUAUGGCACAACCAUGGUGAGCUAUCAGCCCCUGGGAGACAAAGUGAACUUCUUCCGGAUGGUCAUCUCCAACCCUGCAGCCACUCACCAAGACAUUGAUUUCCUGAUUGAUGAAAUAGAGCGCCUGGGACAAGAUUUAUAAUAACUGGGUGUGAAAGUCUGU